UGUAGGGCUUUAGCAAACCGUCUUAUUAUCUAAUUUAAAUGCAUUUGUCAAUGAAAAUUUAUCACAUUUUGAUAAAACCUGUGUUGUGCACACAUUCAGUAAGUUCAUUAUGAGUGUCGUUGGUAAACCACACGUGAUGAAGUUGAUUUGGAACAAUUGCUAGCUCGCUAACCUAGAUAGGCUCUCCUAACGUUAGUAACUGGAACUCUGCUGUAACUGACAGUUCAUUCUAAGAUAGCUGACUUAGUUAUAUACAUUGAAGUGAAUAUUCAAUAGCCUUGAUUUUACUGGGGAUUUUCUACCAAGAUGUCAAAGAAGUCCAAGAAGAAGAAGAAGCAGAAGAAGGAGAAGGAGACAAAUAAGUUAUCUUUUUCCUCCAGUGAGCAUUCGUCACAGAAGGAAAAGGGCACCAAGAAACGCAGUCGUGCAGAGGGGAAGCACCAUGGCAGCAGUUCUGCAGAGGAGAAACGGGGGAGAGAGAAAAGAGUUAGCCACUCCACCCCAGGGAACAGUGCAGCAGGGAGCAGUCAUGAGAAAGACCGGGAGUUCAAAAAAGCUCUCUACAGACUGGAGAAAACAACGUCGCAGGGUGCAGCCGAGGGAAAAAACGCCUGUCCUCUUGGAACCCCUCCUCAGGACAGCACUGUGAGGAAGAGUUGCCCCAGCCAGGAUGGGUCGGCUACCACCGCGGUCAAGACCGCAGACAGGGUGUCUUCCAAACCAGUCAGCAGUCUGAGCGCGAAUAAGACCCAGUCCCAAAAUGUGGAGAAGAUCCUUACGUUCCAGGGAAGCUCCAGUAAGCCAUCUGACAAGAGCCCCUCCAAAACAGCCUCGAGCAGACUGACGACCAGUCCCAGGUCCCUCAUGGCCCAGCUGAAGGAGCAGAGGAAGACGCUGGUGAAAAGGAGAUCCAGACCUGAGGAGAAGCCUGGCAUUGGGAAGGACCACACCUCCCAAGGUAGGAGCUACCAGGACCCCCAACUGUCCCUGUCACUGGCUGAAGAGAUGAGGGAGAAGAGGAGGAAGCUAGUGAAGAGGAGAUCUGAAGAAGAAAAGGAGGAUGUUUUAAAGGCUAAACGGGACAAGAGUGGAGCAAAAUCCUAUAGUCUUCCCUCUAACACCACGACCACAAAGCAGUCCUCCACCUCUACUAAAAAUGCUACUUUUGAGAAAAUCUCAAACACAGCAAGACAUAGGCCUACCACCCAAAAGCAGAGGAACGUCUCUGAUCUGUCCAAAACAUCAGCAACAUCUAAGUCCACGUGUGCCGAGGUACAGAUGCCGCUACCCAAACCUCAGCUGCCUCUCAAUUUUAAGAUCCCAAAGAAGUCCAAACUUGUGCCACUGCCAGUUAAUAGAGCCAUCUGGGGGGGUGACCAGGAGGAUGAUAACGACAAUAAGCCCAUCAGUGCUAGAGUGAAGGUGGUGUCUCCUGCUUCUAGGCUUUCUCACCAGACAGGAAGUGCGUCCAAACUUUGGACACCAAGGAGUGUGUCCAAAUCUCUGAAGUCCAAAGACUGUGUGUCUGCUGCUGUGAACACAAACAAGCAGCACAAAUGUGAAACGGUUCCAGAAUCUUCCAAAGGUUCUAAAGAAUUACGGCCCAGGUCAGCUCAGGGAAUUACGGCCCAGGUGCCAUCACCACCCUGUAACAGAACAAUUUCCCCUGAAGAUUAUAUAGAAGUCUAUGAUAAUGACCAAGAGAUGCAGCUGGUGGAGGAGCUCCAUCUGGCCCGCAGUGAGAAGAGGCUGGAGCUGAAUGUGGUGGAGAUCUAUGGAGAACUCACCAGCAUGGACAUCGACCCAUCAGAGGAGGGCAUCACAUUCACACUCAGUAAAGAGGAGGAUCUUCAGCAGGAUCUGAUCAUUGUCCUGGACACCAACAUCCUUCUCAGUCACCUAGACUUUGUCAAGAAGAUGAGGUCACACGGCCUUGGAGCUCUAGGUCUCCCCACAGUGCUCGUACCCUGGGUGGUACUACAGGAGCUAGACUCUCUGAAGAACAGGAAGAGGCUGUCCAGCUCUGUAGCCCACCUGGCCACACCUGCUGUUCAUUACAUCUACACCUGCCUGAAGAGCCAGGAGCCUCGACUCUGGGGCCAGUCCAUGCAGCAGGCCUCUCAGAGCAGCCAGGGACUCAAUGCUGAGAAUAAUGACGACAGAGUGCUGCAGUGCUGCCUGCAAUACCAGAGUCUUUACCCAGGGGGUGCUCUCAUCCUUUGCACUAAUGAUAAGAACCUGUGUAGUAAGGCCUUGCUGAGUGGGGUGAAGGCCUUCGGUAAGGCUGACCUGUUGGAGGAGGUAGACAGGCUCAAAACGCCUGGUGUCCACAACCUGACCCCUGUCAGCACACAGACACAAACCCUCACCUGCACCCCGAGCCAGACCCGUGACCACCAGAAACCCAGCCCCUUCCCAGGCCGGCAGCAGAAUGAACAGAGCAGGAGUGAUGGAGGGAAAAGGAGAGAAAUGGAAGAGAAGAGAAAUAAGGCUGCAGAAGAGGCCCGGGAGCUGAGCAGCUGCGUGUCAGUACUGGAGGACUGUCUGAAAGAGGCGCUGUCUCAGGUGCUGGAGAUUGAGAUGAAGGCAGCCUAUGAAGAACUGUGGACAGAGAUCGUAUAUCUGAAACCGCCCUGGACUCUUGAAGACCUUCUGCAGUGUUUCAAGAAACACUGGAUCUCUGUUUUUGGCAACAUCGUCCCUCGAAAUCUGCAGCAAUCCCUGGAAAACCUUCACAACUACUUCUUCUCAGGUAAAUCAGUAGAACGUAGCACUACAGUGCUGGCUCUGUAUGAGGCUAGAGAGCUGCUGCAGGCCUUCGGCUGCAGGUCAGACUACGAUGGGCGUGUCCAACCAGCCCUCGCCUCCCUGAACACCCUGCUGCAGAGAAUACUCCCUCAGCCAGAGAAAGUCUCAGAGGAGACCCACACCAGUGACGGUGACACCCUCAUGGCGGAGGAGGAGGAGGAGGAGGAGGAGGAGAAACAGACCACGCCUGCUCGGGUGUCACACCAGGAAGUGUGGGUGAUGUUUGAGAACAUCUGGAACAAUGUGUGUGGGAUCAGCUCUGCUGUUUUCGCGGCUCUCCGCUUUGACCCGGGCGCCAUAGAAACCAACCAGCCAGUAGAGGGUCCUCCCCUUCCCCAGGACGCCAUCUCCUGUCUGCACAGACUAUCUACUGCUGUCAGACAACUGCUACAUGCCUUUACCAGGGUUCUGUCAACAGACAGCUGUCUAGAAGAUGCCCAGGCUCUCCUUUCCUUCAUCCAUUCCAGUGAGAUUGCUGCCAUGGAGCCCAGGUUCACUGCCAAAGACCUGUUGGACUGUCUCUCACAGCACGAGUACAGGGAGAAGCUGUGUGUGGGGGGGACCCAGUUGGCAGAGCUGAACAUCAGUCUAGAGCGCUGCGCUGAGGCCACGUCCCGGCAGGUCACACCAAGCACCUGGCCCUGAUUGGACCACAACCAGGAAGUUUGGACUAAAACAUCCUACCAGAGGCCUCAAAUUGCAUCAUAUCACAACUCAGCAACUUUACUUGAAGCCACUGUUUUCAUAUGGAGCUGACCUAUUUCAUUCAGCACCUUUUCUGACUUAAUUUAGUUUCUUGUGUGUGGAUGUUGGUGUAGAACAGUGGUCAGUGGAUAAAGCCUUGUGUUCCUAUUUUCUUUAUUUAUGGGCUGCUUCCCAAAUGCCCAAUAGGGCUCUGGUCUAAAGUAGUGCACUAUAUAGGGAAAAGGGCUCUGGUCUAAAGUAGUGUACUAUAUAGGGAAAAGGGCUCUGGUCUAAAGUAGUGUACUAUAUAGGGAAUAGGGUGCCAUUUUACAUUUACAUUUAAGUCAUUUAGCAGACGCUCUUAUCCAGAGCGACUUGCUGUUUCUGAUGCUUCCUACAGUAGCCAUUUUGGGCCUCCAUCUCUUCACCAUCUCUACACAACAGUGUGUUAGUGGGGAUAUGGAUCUUCCAAAUAUGUUGUUAUCCUCACACAGACCAGGUUUCCAUCCAACCAUUUAAUGCGGAUGAAUGACCUGAUUUCUGAAAAAGUCAUUACCGGUCUGAUGGAAACAUCAUCCCGACAGAGAAUUUGUUCGUUCGACAUGGUGGGAUGUUUUUGUGUCUGUAAAAUUAAUUAUAAGAGAAAUUUGGGUAGAAAUGCCUUUAUGCGCAAAUAUUGAUAUAACAACCAUCAUAUGGAAGUAAGCUUGGAGUCACGCGAUAAUAUGAUGUGUGAUGCUCCCACUAGGACUCAGGAAACCAUGCAGUUUAUUAGGCUACAGAAUAAACAAGUUAUGAUGAACUUCACAGGGUUGUGAAAGUGCCCGUGAUGAGCUUGAUGCUUCUUUCCAAUACUCUGGUGACAUGAUGAUCAAUGUGGCUCCAUAAUAAUCUCAUCAUGCAAGUAGCCUUCCAGCAGCACUGUGUCUGAGAGCAGUUGGCUAGAGAGCACGUGUCAAGACCAGAGUGGGCACAUUUGCUAUAGAACGCAACAGUUUUUGUGACAAAACCAUCAGUAGAGUUGAAAAUGUGAUGGAACCCUAUUGAACUUGUAUUUUUCAUUCGCUACAUGGGACUUUAACCACAAACCUUAUUCUUAUGUGCGCAAUGUCAUCACCCACAGACUGAUGGAAACGUCUCGGCUGGGAAAAUGCCUAUAUUAUUUUAUGCAGAUUGAUGAAUAUUCACAUGAAAAUCUGUCACAAAUUGGAUGGAAACCUCGCUACUGGAUUGGAAUGUUUACACAUACAGAAUGGCAGUUUUUCUGAUGUGUUUAAACUCUCAGUCAUCAUGCUACUCUCACUGUUACUAUGACCUAUGACCUUAAAUUGUAGUGUGGGUUUCCACUUUCAGCUUGCUGUGCUGUUUUUAACGAGGACCUACACGAUAAACCCACAUUCUAUACAAAAAGACAUGACUGCUCACAUCCAUGAUUGAGCCAACAACAUCUCCAUAUUCCUCAGCAUUCAGUAUUUUUUUCAUUUUCUUUAUUUACCUUUGUUUAACUAGGCAAGUCAGUUAAGAUCAAGUUCUUGGGCCUCCCCAGUGGCGCAGGGGUCUAAAGCACCACAUCACAGCGCUAGCUGUGCCACUAGAGAUUCUGGGUUCGAGUCCAGGCUCUGUCGCAGCCGACCGGGAGACACAUGGGGCGACCAUGACAUCAUCUUAAUAUUCCUUUUGCACCAUAAGUGGUACGCCAGGUGAUGUAAUGAAUGGUGAUUUGGCUGUCAAUGCUCUCCCAGGCUGUGACUUACACAGGGAGUCAGACGGUUCAACGUGACAUGAACUAUGCUGUCUGUUAUGGCAUCAUGGCUUUGCCGUAGGCUUAUGAUAUGACCGUCUCAGGCCUGUUGAUAUUUAUCUUGGAUGUGUUCAUUUGUAAAGAUGUAAAUAGUUAAAUUAAAGCACCUAUUUUUGUUUGAA